CCACCUUCCAACUAUCCCUCUUGCGAUUGGUUCUUUGACAUUGUUGCACCGUUUCCAUUGGUUCCUUGCAACGUUAUUUUGACAAUUCACUUGUGGAAAGUGCUCACGAGCUGUUGUCGCGUGUGAGAGGGCUGUAAACACCGUUAUAAUGGCUGACAGUGCCGACGCUACACCUGUCGUGAGCAGCCAGCCUCCUGGAAAAGAGGAGCAGGGAGGAGGUGAAGGUGGAGGAGGCUCAGAGAGGGAUGCAGGAGGUGGUUUGACUGAUGCCCAGACAGAGGUGUUGGAGAGGUGUCUUCAUUCACUCAGGCAUGCUAAAAAUGACAGUCACAUAUUGGCUGCUCUUCUGCUGAUAACUCGCUUAUGCCCAGCAAGCCAGCUGGACAAACCCACCCUGAGGCGCAUCUUCGAGGCCGUGGGCCUGAACCUUCCAGCUCGGCUUUUAGUGACAGCGUUCAGAGAGAGUGAGAACUCCGGCUUACCCCCACACGAACUCCUGUCACUGGGCACAGCUCUGUUGGCUGCCCUGAGCACAGACCCAGACAUGGCCUCCCAUCCCCAGCUCCUCACCACCAUCCCGCUCCUGCUGGGCAUUUUAGCAAAUGGUCCUGUGAACCAACAGAGACAGGCAGCACAGGAAGAGAACCACACAGAAAGUAAUCCUGCCAGUGUGGCAAAAUCAGCAGGCGAGGGCAAGACCAGCAAGCAAGAGGGUGAUGACGGCAGUGACGCAAACAGAGUAUCAACAUCUAAAGAAACCUCCCCGUCCUCCAAGCUCGAUGAGGCAAUGGCUGCUGACUGCUACCAGGUUCUCACAGCUGUGUGUGCCUUACCCAAAGGUCCUGACCAGCUGCUGAGCAGGGGUGCCAUACCUGCUCUGUGCCAAGCAGUGGAACAAAACCAAACUUUCAGCCACGAGAGGGGGCUUGCCAUGCUUGGCUGCCUCCUCACAGGUAAAACCAAGGACAAAGUGUGGAGGAAACACCCUGCAGACCUUCUCACUCUGCUGGCCAGGCUCUCCAAAGACUUCUGCCAAGCCAAAGACCAGACCAGGCUGGACAUGUGUGCCCAGUUGGUGCAGUUUCUCCCCCCAGCAGGAGUGGCAGUGGAGAGUGAGGCGCUGAAGGAAGUCGUGACCCGUGUAUGGGGGGUAUUGAGACCCAUGUUGCAGGCUAAGUUGACGCCGAGACAGAUCGGGCCAAUCCUGAUCCUCAGUGCUUGUCUGCUGGAUAUGUAUGGGUGGGAGCUGGUGGGACCGCCAAAGUUCUGCUGCUUACUGGUGAACCGGGCCUGCGUGGAGGUCAGAAUGGGCUUGGAGGAACCGCCUGGUAACGAACUGAGCCCAGAGCUGCAGCACACUCUCACAGGCUGUUACCGAAUCAUGGAGGCUGCCAUAGAGCAGGCCUGCUGUCUGGGAGUGUCACAGUCCCCUGCACCUCCUCAGAGCUCCAUCUCUUCACUCAGUCUGCAGCAGAGCAGGCAGGUCCUCGGGGUGUUGGAGGAGGCCUUCUCUGCUUUAAUGUACCACCUGCAGCAGGUGGAUCCAAGUUGCUAUGGUGACCCUUUUAUUUUCGCCACAUUCCGCUCUCUGUGCUCAUGGCUGGCCGAGGAGACUUCCUGUCUUAAGGAGGAAGUGACUGGACUGUUGCCAUUCUUGAUCGGCUACUCCCGGAGCCACCUGCAGGGCGAGAGCCCAGAGCAGGGCCUCUCGGACUGGAUGGCCGAGAUGUCUGUCAGAGAGGAGAGAGGGGCGUGGACGGGCAAAGAAGCUCUCAGGUAUCUCCUCCCAGCUCUGUGCCACCUGUCAGCAGAGGAAGUUCCCAGGAAGGUGCUGCUCACCCUCGACACCCCGGCCCUGCUGGUGGACUUUCUGUCGCAGUGCUGGACUUCCCUCAAGGGGAAAAGUGGGGUAGCGUCGGCCAGGGAUCCCACCAUGGAGACAGCCUGCUCAGCCCUCCUUAACUUCACCGUCACAGAGCCGGAGAGAGUCAGGAAGGACCCAUGUUUCAGAACGCUGGAGGCCCUUCUGAGUGAAGCACUUCCUGUUUUGGUGCAUAAACCCCGCCUGGUGGUCCUAGCGGCAAAUUACUGCACAUUGGGACUAAUGAUUGGCAGACUCAAAUCAGCUCCUUCGGGCUCAGUUGAAGCCAGCCAGAGGCGGUUCUUCUCCACAGCUCUCCGGUUCCUCCGCAGCGCCCUGGACUCUGGCUCCAGCCCUGGUCCGGUUAAGGUGAGCCUCAGCUGGGAGGAGAGUUGGGACGAGGCCGCCGAGCUCUGGAGGUUGGGUCUGCAGGCUCUGGGAGGCUGCGUCCGUGCUCAGCCCUGGAUCACCACGCUGGUCAGAGAGGAAGGUUGGCUCAAACACACACUCCCCAUGCUCAGUCAGUGUAGCGCGCUACCUGACCAGCACACACAGGAGGCGCUAGAGGAAGCUCUGUGUGCCAUGGCAGACCAGUGCCCAGUGUGUAAACUGGAGAUUGGAGACAUGAUGAGAAAUGAUAAAGGAGCUCUGAGCUGUAUGAAGAACCUGAAGAAGUCAGUGGGAGUGAAGUGAAAGCAAACUGCUGCCAACAGACAGUGUGCUCUUUAAUGGAGUAUUUUUAACUUGCAGAGUUGAAAAUGAAGUAAUAAAGGAGGGCUGUUACUGAAGCCACACUUGUGUGUUUAUUACUUGUACCACUCUGACAUGAAUAAUGCGUUACCUGUUGUCUCAGACUUUCUCGUAAGGAAAUGAUGAAAGGCCCCAGAUACUGCUAGACUAGUGAUCUUUGCAAAUGAGCUUGUAUUGAAAAGAAGGCACUGAAAAUUAUGAUGCACAAGCAUAAUUUUCAGUAUAAUGUGAUGUAAAUGUUUUGACAGCUGUGCUCUGAAAAGACGCAAGCGGUUUCUUACAUGUCAAUUGUGAAAAGGUAAUGUCUUUAAUAAAGAGCUAUUUUGUUAGAAAACCA